AUGAGCACAGAGGGGGGAGAGGCGGGGGGAGGCACUGCCAUCACCCACCGACACACCUGGGAUGAAGGCGAAGCGGACAGCUCCCAAGGACGUCCGCUGCCCGACCAUGAGGAGCAGAGAGAGGAGGAAGAGGAGAAAGAGGAGGAAGAGGAGGGCCGGGGCUGCAGGGAGGCAUGUGAAGGGAAUAACGGGGGGAACAUCUCCGCUGAGGAGGGGGCUGUAGGAGGCAGACCGGGGAAGACGCAGCCUGCCAUGCAUUCAAACUGCAGCAGUGAGACGUGCAUCCCCACUCCCAGCUGCCGGAUCUGCUUCCAGGGAGCCGAGCAGGGUGACCUUUUGAACCCGUGUCGGUGUGACGGCUCGGUGCGUUACACCCACCAGCACUGCCUGCUGAAGUGGAUCAGCGAGCGAGGCUGCUGGACCUGCGAGCUCUGCUGCUACCGCUUCCACGUCAUCGCCAUCAACAUGAAGAGACCGUGGCAGUGGCAGUCCAUCACCAUCACUCUGGUGGAGAAGGUGCAGAUCAUCGCCGUGUUCCUGGGCUCUCUCUUCCUGGUGGCGAGCAUCUCCUGGCUGCUGUGGUCGGCUCUCAGCCCGCAGGCCGUGUGGCAGCGCCGGGACGUCCUCUUCCAGAUCUGCUAUGGCAUGUAUGGCUUCAUGGACCUGGUCUGUGUAGGCCUGAUUGUCCACGAGGGGGCAGCAGUGUACAACGUCUUCAUGCGCUGGCGGGCUGUCAACCUCCACUGGGACGUUCAGAGCUACGAUAAAGCAAAGGACAUGGAGGAGACGAGCACAGGCCAUUCUUCUUUGGCCCCCAGGACGCUGUGGUUACCUCUGGCCACCUUUGGGCCCAGCGGCCCCUUAAACCCCACCCAGCUGGGGCCGCAACCGUGGACCUGCCUCUGUUUGGCCCCUUUCUGCCCCGGCCUCGUGCCCCGAAACAACCUCAGCCAGGACAGUGACUCAGGAGAGGUGGUGAUUCGUGUGACGUCAGUGUAA